AUGCGUAAGUCGACCUGGCCAAAGAACCCUUCCGAAUGUCGUGUUUCUAUGGAAACAUGGUCGUAUUCAUUGCGCAGAUUGCCCUUCAUGUUUCUUAUAGGGUACAUUCUAUUUUAAUUAAUCCUUCACUGAUAUCAUAAUCAUCAUUUCAUCGUUUUUUAUUUAUAAUUGCGCAACAUUAUUAUCGUAUAAAAAAGUAUAAAAAUAACAUAGGGCGCAACUCACAAGGCAAAAAUAAAUAUUUUUCGAGAUUUUUUGUACAUUUUUUUUGUCUGGAUGUAGACUACUACACUUGGGUUGUCAACAGAUCAUUAUCAAUUUGGGGUGUUCUUAAAUUUAAGUGGGAUGUCAUCGUCUUUAUCAGUUCUGGCCGGAAUUUCAGCGUCAAUCGGAGCGUCGUCGUUAAAAUUCCUUUCCAACGAAGAUGUUUCGUUUACUGUAAGUUUAUUGGCAGAUAUAUUUGAUGGCUCUUUAGUUUAAGGCCUCCCUGUUUAUUGUAUUCAUCAUUUCGAACGUUUUGGUUUGGUGGUUACAACUGAAAAAUAUGGCCAAGAAUUCAACAGUAAAUGUAUGCCAAUGUUGCCAGGUCUAACAAUGUUUUUAGUCCAUCCUCGUCUUCACUGGCAGCAAUUUCAUUAGUGCAGUAAGUUUGUUGUCUUUCGUUUAA